CUCACAACCACCUUCACGUCUGCCUCGACCUUCCGUAUCCUGCAUAGAAACGCAUCACUGUGGGACGUAAACCAUGGCGACAAGCGCAUCAUCGUCCGCGGCUGCGACACUCCAAAAUGUUGCUCAUGCCGCUGAGGAAUUCGUGGACCAGCUGCACCCCACAGAACAGGGGCAAGAAGAGCAGGAGGAGGGUGACGAUGUAGACAAGGAGAAGUCCAUGGAAGCACGAAAGAAGAAGCUCGAGCUGCUGAGGAAGAAAAUGAGAUCGUCAGCGCAGGCCAACCGUGCGUCCGUCAUUGAGGAGAGCGCAAAGGCGAAGGUCACCGCGCGAGAAGCUGCAAGGAUGGAGCGGCAACGCAAGCUUGCGGAGACGUUACGACAGAAGGCCGAUGCGGAAGACCGGGGGGAGGACAUCGAGCGGCAGAAGAACUGGGAGUAUACGAUUGAGGAGAACGACGAGUGGGAGAAGAAGCAGGCGCGAAAGGCACGAAGGGCUGAUUUCUCGUUCAACGACGAUGCGGAUGCGGCACGGAGGAAGUACAAGAAGGACUUGGACGCCAUCAAGCCCGACCUGGAGACCUACAACAGGCAAAAGGAGAUUGCCAUGGGGUUGGCUCCUGGAACGCUUUCGAAGGCAGGGGCGGCAAGUGGCUCGUCGGCGGUGACCCACUUCGACCCCUCUGGCGGAGCAUCAUCAUCACUUGUGCCGUCAAGUUUGCAGCAGCAGCUUGCGGCUGAGAACCUGUACCGCGACGCCAACACCCUGCUCUAUGCGGACAGCAAACCGAGCGAGGCGGCGAUUGACAAGGUCAUCUCAAAGAUCAACAAGGACGUCGACAAGAAAAAGAAGUUCUCGCGCAAGCGGCAGAACGAGGACGAGGGCGACGUCACCUACAUCAACGAGCGCAAUCGGGUUUUCAACAAGAAGAUCGCGAGGUACUACGACAAGUAUACCGCGGAAAUUCGGGCCAGUUUCGAACGUGGAACGGCUCUGUAAUUCGCUGCUUACCGUCUUCUUUUAUUGCGACUACUGGACGUUGUGUAUCAUCAACGCUAUAUGUACCAUAUGUCUUAAUAUCUAUGCAAUCUCUGCUACCAUUGCC